ACUUGUGAAUAUGUAUCACAUAUUUGUUAUAAACUUCGGCCAGUUCCAAUAUCACAAGGUCCACCGGGUCCAUUCUAUAAUGGGUUAACGCCAACUCGUGAAAGAGCCCUUGUAGAAUUUAACGAAAAAGUUCUGAAACUAGGUUGUAAUUUGAAGAACUUACAUAUUCUCGAAAAUGAUGAAAAGGAUGGGGGUUUAGGAAUGAAAAUUAUCGUUAAAGAUAUCUUAAGCAAUAAAAUAUGGAAUAGCAGAGAUAUACCCGAAAUGCCAAAAAUAUCUUCGAUUUGUGGUAUGGAUUUAGAAUGUGAAAGAGCACUUGCUUCCGCAUGUACCAAAACUAAAGAAAGAAAGGUUAACAUCGACGAUAAAAAAAUUGUAGAAGCACUUAUAUCAUUUGUUACCAGAGAACUUCCGAAAGCUACAAGGGUAUGGAUUAUAGGUAAAGAAAUUUUAACGUAUGAAGGCAUUCUCUAUCGUAGCUCUCAUGAAUGGGAAAAAUUAAUUAAGGCUUUUGAAUAUAAAAAAUCACAAUUCAUACCAGAAGAACUUUUAAAAUGGGGGCCGGUAGAUAUUCGUAGAUGGAUGGAAGGAGGAUAUUAUUAUUCUUCAACAUUAAUUCCUUCACAAGAACUUAAAGCAAAAUAUAAUGAGCUUGAAAAAUUCCUGGGAGUAGAAUCAAUGGUAUGGAAUGCUUCAAUAGAUUCAGUUCCAAAAUACAUCCAUAUUGAUCUUCGUGAAGCAUAUCUUGGCUAUUACCUGCUUAGUGCUGGAUGGCUCAUAAGUGUAACUUCAAGAGAAAUCAUAUAUAGUGUUGGCAAAAAAUCUUACAUUGAAUUUUCACCUAAUCGUGAUUUAGCAGUUUGUUUCUAUGAGGGAGAUAAAAAACGUGCUCAAUGGUUACAUAUCCACUCUUUUAUCCUUGCCUAUACUCAUAUCGCUAUACUCGAACAGCUAAAAUGCUUCCCAAUUGAAAAUGUAUUACGAGUGUGUACCAAUGCAAUUUACACAACAGCAAUUCCUGAAACUAUUUUAGAUGAGAGUAAACUUGAGAUCGAUUUUGAUAAAGAGCUUUUUGCUAAUGCAAAAAAUGAUAUAGAGUUAGAAGAGGUUAAUAAAAGAUAUGAUGCGAAAGUAGAUAAAAUAAAAAAGCAAUAUGAAUCUGUAAUCGUUUUAGACACUUUGAAAAUUAAAUAUGGUCAAUGGUGCAAGAAAAAGCCAGGAUAUAUCUAUCGUAAAGAAGCAUCGUCCUGGACUAUUAAUCAUAAAAGUUCAUUAGAUUUUCCACCAAGCGAAACACCACCUCUUUCAACUGAUCCAAAAUUAAUUACAUUGCAAAAAUCCUACUUAGUGGGACAGGGAGGAAGUAAAAAAAUAACACGAGCUAUCUGUGCAUUUUCCAAUCGAAAAAUUGUGGAUCCUGCAUGUCUCGGAAAGAAGACACUUGCUGAAAUACUAAUCUUCGAUGAAGCAUGCAUGAUACUUAGAAAAACUGACAAAGUAAUCUGGUGUAUGGAAGACUAUCGUGCACAAGACGAUAAACUCAAGGCAUUAAAAUUACGUAUGCAAGUUGAAAGUACAUUAUUACAAGCACAUGCAUCGCACUUUCUCAAUGAGCCUUCAGUUAUUUGUUUCGAUCCAGAUGAUAGUAUCAAACAUAAAUAUCGUAUUCAAGGAAAGCCUAUACAAAUUCCAG